AUGUAUAUUCCUGCAUAUGCAUUUAUUCAUAUAAAAGUUUUCAAAAAAUUUUACAGAGAUGAGGGGAAAUCUAUUGGUCCCUCUGGCGGCAGCCCUUCGACAUGGGAAUUCUACCCUAAAAUAAAUAGUAUCCUUGGGAGCUAUAAAAGCUUCAAUUUGGAAACAUUGGUGAAGGAGAGCACAGUUCACGAAGUUGUAGACUGUGCAUCACCCCUUAACAGCUCUUCCAUUACGCUGGAUUCCCAGGAAGAAUUGCCGUUUGUAGACGAGGAACCUGCAAGGAAAAGAAAAAAACAUACUUCAAAUAAUAUUCAAAAUGAAUUUUUGGAGGAAUUCCGGGAUUCAAAUACAAAAAUUAAGGCGGAAAUUGAAGCAAUUAAAGAGGAUGGCAGGGAGGCCCUUCAAAUUGAAAGAGAAAGAAAUGCCAUCCUCGAAAAGUUCCUAGAAGCAUUUAAGCAAAGCAUAUACAUAUAGAAUUACGUUUUACACCACGAAGCAUAUAUCUA